ACCGGGCACCGAGCAGCGAGCACCGGGCACCGCCGGCCCCGCCGCCUGCAUGGGGGCCGCCAUCGGCCCCACAUAACGGGGGGCGCCCAGCCCCGCCGAGCGCACACGCCAUGCAGGGCGAGCCCGCCCGCGCCGCGCCCCGCGCCGCCCGCAGCAAGAGCCCCGCCGAGGGCAGAGCCGUGGUCCAAAGGGCCCCGCUGUGGCUGCGGGCCCGCUUUCAGGCGCUGCUCUUCGCCCUGGGCUGUCGGAUCCAGCGGCACUGCGGGAAGGUGCUCUUCGUGGGGCUGCUGGUGUUCGGGGCACUGGCCGUGGGGCUGCGGGUGGCCUCCAUCGAGACCGACAUCGAGCACCUCUGGGUGGAAGCGGGCAGCCGGGUGAGCCAGGAGCUGCGCUACACCAAGGAGAAGCUGGGCGAGGAGUCAGUCUACACCUCCCAAAUGUUGAUCCAGACCCCGAAGCAGGACGGGGAGAACAUCCUGACGCAGGAGGCCCUGCAGCUCCACCUCGAGGCGGCCCUGGCCGCCAGCAAAGUCCAAGUCUCGCUGUACGGAAAAUCGUGGGAUUUGAAUAAGAUCUGCUACAAGUCGGGUGUCCCCAUCAUUGAGAAUGGCAUGAUCGAGAGGAUGAUAGAGAAGCUGUUCCCCUGUGUGAUCCUGACGCCGCUGGACUGCUUCUGGGAAGGUUCCAAGCUGCAGGGAGGCUCAGCCUACCUCCCGGGCCGCCCAGACAUCCAGUGGAGCAACCUGGACCCUCUGCAGCUGAUGGAGGAGCUGGGACAGUUCACAUCUCUGGAAGGCUUCAAAGAGCUGCUGGAUAAGGCAGAGGUGGGGCAAGCUUACAUGGAGCGGCCCUGCCUGGACCCCCAGGACCCCCAGUGCCCCAACAGUGCCCCCAACAAGCAGAGUCAGCAGAGCCCUGACAUUCCAGCUGAGCUCUCAGGGGGCUGCCACGGCUUCUCCAGGAAGUUCAUGCGCUGGCAGGAAGAGCUGAUCUUAGGUGGCACAACCAAAGACUCCCAGGGCAAGCUGCUACGCGCCGAGGCCCUGCAGACCAUGUUCCUCCUCAUGAGCCCCCGGCAGCUCUUUGAGCACUUCAAGGAUGACUACGAGAUCCAUGACAUCAGCUGGAGUGAGGAGAAGGCGAGCGCCAUCCUGGAGGCCUGGCAGAGGAAAUUUGUGGAGAUGGCACAGGAUUCCAUCCCACCCAACGCCACACAGAGCGUCCAUGCUUUCUCCACCACCACGCUCAACGAUAUCAUGAAGUCCUUCUCUGAUGUCAGCGCCAUCCGGGUGGCUGGAGGUUACCUCCUCAUGCUGGCCUACGCCUGCGUCACCAUGCUGCGGUGGGACUGCUCCAAGUCCCAAGGGGCCGUGGGCCUGGUCGGGGUCCUGCUUGUGGCUCUCUCCGUGGCCUCUGGCCUGGGGCUUUGCUCGCUGCUGGGCAUCUCCUUCAAUGCAGCCACCACCCAGGUUCUGCCCUUCUUGGCUCUCGGCAUUGGUGUGGACGACAUGUUCCUCUUGGCUCAUGCCUUCACUGAGAACAGCCAGCACAUCCCCUUCAAGGAGCGAACGGGUGAGUGCCUGAAGCGUACAGGGACCAGCGUGGCUCUCACCUCCGUCAGCAACAUGAUUGCCUUCUUCAUGGCAGCCCUGGUGCCAAUCCCCGCCCUGCGCGCCUUCUCCCUCCAGGCUGCAGUGGUUGUGGUGUUCAACUUUGCCAUGGUGCUGUUCGUCUUCCCUGCCAUCCUAAGCUUGGACCUGCACCGCCGGGAGAAACGCCGGCUUGACAUCCUCUGCUGCUUCUACAGCCCUUGCUCCUCACGGGUCAUCCAGAUCCAACCCCAGGAGCUUGCUGACGCCAAUGACAACCACGCCUGCCACCCCUCCCCUUAUGGGCAUCCUGGCAUGGCCACCAGCACCCAGAUCACCACCACUGUGCAAGCCUUCACCCGGUGCGACCCUUUGGGCCAUCACGUCGUCACCGUCCUGCCACCCACCUCCCAGGUGUGCACCUCACCUGCUGUCCUCCUGCCCCACACUGACCCCCUGGGCUCGCAGGUCUUCGCCCCAUCCAGCUCCACGCGGGAUCUGCUGGCCCAGCUGGACGAGGCCAAAGGUGGGCGGGAGUGCGUCCCCCUACCCUUCUGCCGAUGGAGUCUCGCCGACUUCGCCCGGGAGAAGUAUGCCCCGCUCCUCCUGCGGACGCGGACUAAGGCCGUGGUGGCGGUGCUGUUCGUGGCGCUACUGGGACUGAGCCUCUAUGGCACCACCAUGGUGCACGACGGGCUCUACCUGACGGACAUCGUGCCACGGGACACCAAGGCACACGCCUUCAUCUCGGCCCAGUUCAAGUACUUCUCCUUCUACAACAUGUUCAUCGUCACCAAGGGCGGCUUUCACUACCCGGGUGCCCAAGCUGCCCUACUCAGCCUGCACCAGGCCUUCAGCACCGUAAAGUAUGUGGUGCGGGAAGGCAACCGUGACCUGCCCAAGAUGUGGCUCCACUACUUCCAGGACUGGCUUCGAGGGCUCCAGGCCACCUUUGACAAGGACUGGCAAGCUGGGCGCAUCACCCACGACAGCUACCGCAAUGGCUCUGAAGAUGGGGCACUGGCGUACAAGCUCCUAAUCCAGACUGGCAACAAGAAAGACCCCUUCAACUUCAAUCAGCUGACCACGCGGCGGCUGGUGGACGAGAAUGGGAUCAUCCCCCCUGACACCUUCUACAUCUGCCUGACGGUUUGGGCCAGCAAUGACCCCUUGGGCUUUGCUGCCUCCCAGGCCAACUUCUACCCUCCACCACCCGAGUGGAUCCAUGACAAGUAUGACACCACGGGCGAGAACCUGCGAAUCCCAGCAGCCCAGCCGCUGGAGUUCGCCCAGUUCCCCUUCUACCUGAGUGGUCUGCGUCACACAGCCGACUUCGUGGAGGCGAUCGAGAGUGUGCGGGCCAUCUGCCAGGAGGCAGCCCAGCGCCAUGGGGUGCUGAGCUACCCCAGCGGCUACCCCUUCCUCUUCUGGGAGCAGUACAUCGGCCUGCGUCACUGGUUCCUCCUGGCCAUCAGCAUCCUGCUGGCCUGCACCUUCCUCGUCUGUGCCCUGCUACUGCUCAACCCCUGGACAGCUGGCAUCAUUGUCUCCAUUCUGGCCAUGAUGGCAGUGGAGCUGUUUGGCAUCAUGGGACUGAUGGGCAUCAAGCUGAGUGCCAUCCCUGUGGUCAUCCUCAUUGCCUCAGUCGGCAUCGGCGUGGAGUUCACUGUCCAUGUUGCCCUGGGCUUCCUGACAGCUGCUGGGAGCAGGAAUGUGCGCUCAGCUGCAGCGCUGGAGCACACCUUCGCUCCUGUGAUGGAUGGUGCUGUCUCCACCCUCCUGGGUGUCCUUAUGUUGGCCAGCUCAGAGUUUGACUUCAUCAUGAGGUACUUCUUUGCAGUGCUCACCAUCCUGACACUGCUGGGGCUGCUCAAUGGGCUGGUGCUGCUGCCCGUCCUGCUUUCUGUCAUUGGGCCACCCCCUGAGGCAUCCCUGGUGGAUAACGGCCUCCGCCUGCCCCCACUGGAGGCAGUGCCCCCGUGCCUGGGUGCCAGGGGGCUGUACGUCAGACGUGCCCCAGCCUGGCCUGCCACCUUCCCUGACCCAGACACGGAGUGCUACGCGGAGGGUGUGGGGCCAGGCAGCCCCCGAGGGCCCUUCAUUGUACCCCCAACCCCAGCGCACAUCCUGCUGGAGGCUGGCAAGGAUCCCAGCUUCCCCCGUAUCACUGUGCUGAAGCCGUACAAGGACAGCCCAGAUGUCCAGGGGAAGAAGGAGGCUCCUGGUCCACAGCCUGCACCCCUACUGCCUUUUGGGGAGCUGUGCCCCUCACCACCCCGAGACCACCCGCAGCCCUGCCCGCUGGGCACCCGAGCAGGCCCCGCUGCAACCCUGCCUGCCUACAGCACCCACUUGCAGGGCCCUGCUGGCAGCUACACCACCGUUACAGCCACCGCUUCAGUGACAGUGGCCCUGCACCCCACGCUGCCUGGCUCCUACCCCACCUUCAGCCAUGAGGGCUUCGCAGACGGCGAGCGGGACUGCCUGGAGGAGCCCAGCAUGCCCAGCACCGGUGGCACCGCCGUGCCUGAUGCCUUUGAGAUGCAGAACAUGGGACGACGUGGGGCAGGUGGCCGGCGUUAGGUGAGCUUGGGGACACGGGCACACAACCCCGGGACUCAUGUACGGCAGUGUGUGUUGGGGGGUGGCUUUGCAGUGACCCACCUGACCUGCUGCAUUCUCUUUCCCUACAGGUUUCCACCUCCUGGGCAGGACAUCUCCCCUGCACCUAGUGUGCACAGGAGGGUGCAGAGCAGGGUCACCCGCAUCGUGCUGCUAAUCACCGGAGUGGCAAUGUCCCCCGGUCUCAGCUGAGGAGGACUGGCCCCCCUGCACCCCAUCUAAAGGGGCUCGGCAGGGCAGGCUGGCACUUCUAUGCAAGCUGUGCGCAGGCCACGUCGUGCCUGUGUGUCCCCACUGGGGCUGUGCUGAUGGUGCCGCAUCCCAACACCCAGGGUUUGGGGUUACCCUGCACCGGGCUUGUUGCCCACCCCCCCCCCCCCCCCAGAAAUGGAAGCACUAACCCCCUCCUCUGUUUCUGGAGCUGCUGGCAAGGCAGGCUCGAUGCCCUGCCAGCUCCCCCUCUGUGGGGUCACUGCCUGCUCUCCAUCACCCCCUCCUGGGACCCUUCCACCCAGGCCACAUGCUGGGGUGACCCAACAGAGUGCCCUGAUGCCCCCCAUCCCAAUAAGGGGCAGCCCCAGUGCCAGACAUGACCUGGGGUGCCGUGGACAAGGCCUGGGGCGGGCACCCCCCACCUUUAUUUAUUGCAAAGGGAAACUAUCUAUAGAGAGAUAUAUAUUUUUAAGCUUAUUUUAAAAGAUUUAUUUCUCAGCCUAUGUCCUCGCCCAGCUGCCCAGGGUGCAGGCAGGGAGGGGCAGACCCUUUGCCAGUGCAGAGCUGCCCACCAGAGGCAGCAGGAGCCCGGGGCAGGGGCACAGACCCUGUUCAUGCCUCCACUCCACGGGGUGCUGACUGGCCACGAGCAGCUCACCCCCUCCAAUGCGCUGCUCCGUGCCUCGGUUUCCCCACCGGCGAGCACAGGAGGGAUGGAGAUUGGGGAACAUGCUGUGGUGGGAGCCUAUUGCUCCCACUGCCCAGGCAGGGUUUUGGGGGGUGUCCUUGGGUGGUCCUUGCUGUGCUGAGCCCCUGAGCUGUCCCAUGGUCACAGCCUCUUGUGCCACAUGUGCUUUGCCCUGGUGACAGCACGUGCUGGUGGGUACCCACGGUGCCACUGGGCACAUCUCACUGGGAAAGCAUAUUUCUCACCACGUCCCCAUGCAACGGGGCUGUCCCUGAGGCCAGCCCCUGUCCCUGUCCCCAUCCCAGGCACUGUCCACGCCGUUACCCAGCACUUUAACUCCAGCGGUGUUUGCUGUGCCUGUGGCCCCGGACCCCCCUGCCUCCAGAUGCUGCCGCUGAGCUGGGGUGGCCUCGGGGACCCUGUCCCCGUGCCAGGCGUGGGCACGGUGGGCAGCCCCCCCCCAACACGCCAUCUAAGUUAUUUAUAUCAAAGAGAGCAAAGGUUUAUUUUUGUAGUUUGUACAGACGGUAGUGGGGACCGAAGGUUUAUUUUUAAAGAGUAAAUAUAUAUAUUAUAUAUAAAUUA